CCACCGAGAUCUACCUGCUACUCGUCGCCCGCUCACCUGGCACAUUGAUCGCGGACGAUCUCAUUCAAAAACAUCGUGCAGCCAUGAUUUGUCACACCGACGAGACAAUCACAGUGUUUCAAUAGGUGUUUAAGUGAUGAUUUCCGGUUAAAUGUCCGUUUGGAUGUCCAGCGCGGUAGUAAACAACCGGUCCAGAUAGGAGGCUGCGUCUGCCUCACGCCCGGCUGUAGUGGAAUGCGGCAAUUUUAACAACUGCGGACCUCGGGACCCAUAUACGAAUUUGGAUUGUCCGGCUGCUUCUUAGAAAAAAGGUGAUGCACCGAGGAUGAGUCGCCGCGCGCGGCCGUGACAUGGGAGCGCAGGCAUGGGCUGGCGCGCCGAGCAAACGCCGCACAUCGCCGCCGGCCUGCUCCUUCUGCUGCUAGUUUACCUGCCGGUUACUUGCCACCAAGACCACCAAGAUGCUGUGCACAUCACAGCGAUCCUCGGCGAGAGCGUGGUGUUCAACUGCCAGGUGGAUUUCCCCGAAGACAUACCCGUGCCGUACGUGUUGCAGUGGGAGAAGAAGGUAGGCGAAACGGGACAGGAUAUACCGAUCUACAUCUGGUACGAGAGCUAUCCAACGCACAGCGGAGAGGGUUAUGAGGGCAGAGUGUCGCGGGUCGCUCCAGACUCGCCGUACGGCGCGGCUAGCCUCAACCUCACUAAUAUACGAGAGUCAGAUCAGGGAUGGUACGAGUGUAAGGUGGUGUUCCUCAAUCGGUCACCGAAUCAACACAAGAACGGCACGUGGUUCCACUUGGACGUGCACGCUCCACCUCGCUUCUCCAUCACGCCGGAAGAGAUUAUAUACGUUAAUUUAGGAGAUGCCAUCAUACUCAACUGCCAAGCAGAGGGCACACCAACGCCAGAGAUUCUGUGGUACAAGGACGCGAAUCCCGUGGAGCCAUCUGGCACAGUGGGCAUCUUCAACGAUGGAACCGAACUGCGCAUCAGCAACAUACGGCACGAAGACAUCGGCGACUACACGUGCAUCGCGCGCAACGGGGAGGGCCAGGUGUCGCACACCGCUCGCGUCAUCAUCGCUGGUGGAGCUGUCAUCACUAUGCCACCAACAAACCAGACAAAGUUAGAGGGCGAGAAGGUCCAAUUCUCGUGCGAAGCCAAGGCCCUACCCGGAAAUGUUACAGUGAAAUGGUUUCGCGAAGGCGCCCCGGUUGCUGAGGUAGCCGCAUUGGAGACACGGGUUACAAUACGAAGAGAUGGCGCUUUAGUUAUCAACCCUGUAGCUGCUGAUGAUUCCGGUCAAUAUCUAUGUGAAGUGUCGAAUGGUAUCGGAGACCCGCAGAGCGCUUCAGCUUAUUUGAAUGUAGAAUAUCCAGCAAAAGUGACAUUUACACCGACGGUACAAUACCUACCAUUUCGCUUGGCUGGAGUAGUGCAGUGCUAUAUAAAGGCGAACCCACCCCUGCAAUACGUCACGUGGACGAAGGACAAAAGACUUCUAGAGCCAUAUCAGACGAAGGACAUUGUGAUCAUGAACAACGGAUCCCUACUGUUCACUAGAGUCAAUCAGAACCACCAGGGGAGAUAUACCUGCACACCGUACAAUGCGCAAGGCACUCAGGGAUCUUCAGGACCUAUGGAAGUGCUAGUUAGAAAACCGCCAGUAUUCACUGUAGAACCGGAGCCUUUGUACCAAAGAAAGGUGGGGGAAUCAGUAGAGAUGCACUGCGAGGCGCAAGAAGCGGAGGGCACGCAGCGGCCGAGCGUGGUGUGGCGGCGGCGGGACGGGCUGCCGCUGCAGAAGAGCCGCGUGCGCGCGCUCGGCGGGAACAUCACCAUCGACACGCUGCGGCGGCAGGACUUCGGGAUCUAUCAGUGCGUCGCGUCCAAUGAGGUGGCAACAAUAGUAGCAGACACGCAGCUAGUGAUCGAAGGCACGCAACCGCACGCGCCAUACAACGUAUCUGGCACGGCCACGGAGUUCCAAGUGACGUUGCGCUGGCAACCCGGCUACGCGGGCGGCCCGGACUACAAGCAGGACUACACCAUCUGGUAUAGAGAGGCUGGCUUCUCCGAGUGGACCAAAGUGCCCGUCACGCCGUCUGGAGCUACUUCUGUCACAAUAAACAGGCUUCAACCAGGGACCACUUACGAAUUCCAAGUCAACAGUAAGAAUACAAUAGGAGAAGGAAUGAUGAGCAAAGCAAUUACAAUAAGGACCCUUGAUGUAGGCGCAAAACCAAAGGUGGCUCCGACGACCGCGGGACCCGUAGACGAAAAGAUCUUUCAGAAUGCUCCUGAGGGAUCGGGUCCAAAGUCGGGUCCGCCCCGCAACCUGACGGUGACGGAGGUGCACAACGGGUUCCUGAUCACGUGGCAAGCGCCGCUGGAGCGCUCCCACCUCGUGCAGUACUACACUAUCAAGUACCGCACCGACGCGCAGUGGAAGACGCUCAACAGAGGCCAGAUACGACCGGAGGAAACCAGCUAUCUCGUGAAAAACUUAGUUGGUGGGCGCACGUAUUACUUCCGCGUGCUAGCGAACUCGGCGACGAGCUACGAGAGUUCGGACGAAGUGAGAUUCUCUGUGCCAGCGCGCGUGAAGCACAAAGCGAUCACGGCCGGCGUCGUCGGCGGGAUAUUGUUUUUUAUCGUCGCCAUCAUUCUGUCCGUGUGCGCUGUGAAGAUUUGCAAUAAACGUAAACGACGCAAACAGGAGAAAGCAUACAACAUGGUAGCCGCGCGACUCACUGACCUCCGCGCCGCAGACAGCACUCAAGUGCCUUUUAAAAAAUUUAGAGAAAGCGGAAUAUCGAGUGUAGUUCAAUGUUUGCGAUUCACCGCGAACUGGAUCUGGCCCGCAUCGCGUUGCGGCGACGAGGUGCGGUACUGGGGAGUGAUCCGCCGCGUGUCGCCCGCGCCCUCCGCGUCACCGGCGCCCUCCCUGGCGCCCUCGUCUUCGGACGACGGGGGCUUCCUGCCGCGCCUCCGGGCUCCGCUGCGGCCCGCAGCCGCGCCGCCGCUGUUCCGCGCGUCCUCCCCCGCCCUCGCGCCCUGGUCUCCUUGGCCGCCGUGGCCGCCCUGGGUCCCCGCUUGGACGCCGUGGUCGCCCCUCCACAUUUCGGAUCUCAGCUCGGUUCCCUUCCCUAGUUCCGCCGACGGCUCUUUCCCGACGCCGCCCUCCUUCCUGCUCCGGCCUCCGCGCCAGCCGACGGAGACGCGCGUGCCGUGCGGCGCGCUGACGCGGGCCCGCUGGCGGCCGCUGCCUCGCCACGCGCGGCCCCGGCCCGACCCGCCCCCGCCGCACGAAGCCUCGCCGGAGAGCCGGUCGUCGUCCAGCGGGUUCGGAAGCAAGAACGCGUCCUCCUCGCAGCACAACCGCAGCAGCCGGACGGGCAGCCUGGCGGAGUGGCGGCCGCCGCCGUACCGGCCGCCGCCGCCGGCGCCCCCCCCGCGGCCCGGCUCGGGCGAGGCGGGCGAGGCGGCGGACGCGGGGUCGGUGGACGUGCACUACGAGUGGGACCGCGCCACGCGCACGCCGACCCCGUCGACGCCGGAGCGCACGCGCGCGCGGCCGUCGCGCGACGACGUGGAGGCCCGCGUGCGCGCCAUGAAGGAGGAGUUCCUGGAGUUCCGCAAGCGGCAAGCGCUGCGGCGGCGCUCGCCCGAGCCGCUGGGCGCGCCGCCGCCGCUGUCGGCGCUGGCGGCGCUGUCCCCACUGGCCCCACUGGCCCCGCUGGUCCCGCUGUCCCCACUGUCCCCGCUGGCCCCGAUCGCACCCACGCCCGCCCCCGCCGAGACCGUUUGCUGAUCUGGCGAACGAUAGCGUUUAAUUUGUUCCCCACCGAUAACUGUAUCGUCGUUUUUGGAAUGUCGCUCUAUGUUGUAAUCUAAUCGAAUGAACGAUGGUAUGGAACGAGGUACGACCGAUGUUUUUUGGAGGCGAAGACGCCAAAAUAGGUAUGAUCCAUAGAACGGCAUUCUGAAUUUAGCGAAAAGAGUUUUAAGUCAAGUGACAAAAGGCCUAAUAAUAUGUAUAAUGAAUAUUUUUAUAAUUUUUGAAGUGGCCGUUAUUGUAUAAUAGUAUGGUCGCUAAAAUAACAUAUCUAAAAUUCUCAACAAAUACGGUUCCUUUGUACCGAAAACGACGAUCUCUAAACAUUCUGUACGCCUUCUAUUGAUCACUUGACUUUUAAACUGGAUUUAUUUAAUUAAGUUUUAAUGUCGAAUUAGCAUUAAGUAUCCCCACCUCGGUCGAAAGUAUCGCUGGAGACUAUAAACGAUAAGAGUUAAGAGGCGAACACUUUCAGUCGCAUGAGUCGACUGAAAUGCGAUCUUAAUGUACAUACGUAUAAACUAUGUGGAUGCAGUGGCGUUUUCUGCUCGCACUGUCUGUUGUCCUACUCGAUUUAAAUGUCAAUUAAUUAUUUCAAAUAUUGUGACUAUUUUUGUUUUUACCGUUGAGUUUCUGGACAUUUGCAAAAAAUUUAAUAAUGCGUAAGAUCCUAGCGUGCAAUGGAUUCCUAUCAACGGUAAACACAUAAAUAUGCCAUAAUAUGAAAAACGACAUCGUUACGUUAAAUUCUAGGCCGUUGAUUGGCGAGCAGGCAGUGCGAAAUUACGUUCACCUAAACGCUUUAGGUAUGAGUGGGUAGCAUCCACGACACCACUCAUACCAACAUUAUAUUGUAGUUAUUAUUGUAACUAAUAAAGUAAAUUAUACGAUAGUGUGAUACUCCGUGCGUUUGGCGCUACUGUAUUCGCGUAUCUGCCUAUUUCAACGUUCCCAAAUCCCAUAGGUUUUAUAUGGAAUUCAUCGAUUACAUAUGUAGCGUCGAACGUGCGAGUAUUAUGUACAACACAACAAAUAAACUUAGAUAGAUUUAGGAACUAUAUAAGUGAGGGAGGACUUAAACGGAUGUUGUUUAUUUUAUUUUUUAUAUAUUGUGUCGUUAUUUAUUUCCAAGUACAAAUUAUAAUUUUAUCUGUUGCGCAUCUAGUUAUUUUUUAUAUAAUUUUGAACUGUACAUAUGUAAAAACACAUUAGAUAUUAUAUUAUACACUUAUUUAUUUAGGCGUUGUGUAAUGAUAUGAAUGAAGUUCUGAUGAAUUUUUGCCAUUACAUACUUGUAAGGCGCUAGAGUAAAUAUGUUGAAGUUAUUACAUUAUGUAUAUUUAAUUAGUUUCACCUUUAAAGCGAGUACCUUAUUCAAUUGGAAGGAAACUAAUCAAAAGGUGCUACACUCACUAAUCGCAAUAAUCAACGUUUUGUUAACAUAACGCUA